UUUUCGUUAUGUUUUAGGUUAACGAAAUGUUUUGUUGACACGGACUGGCGUGUGGAGCUCAAGUCUAAAAAGAAAGAAACGACCGAGGACAAAGACGCAGAAGACACGAGUUCGAGGAGAGAAGCAGAAGAUUUGGCCAUCAUAACCGUCCUGGGAUUCUUCAAUCGGCCCACAUUUCUCUUUUUCGCCUUCCCGGCCCUCUUGGCGUUUGCGAUCAAGGAUCAUCAUUUGGGGCAUUAUUCCCUGUGGAAUGUUACUGGUAGACUGGCCAUGUUUGCCCCUGCUGCCCUGUCUGCCAUGUUUAUGGUCAGCGCCUUGGACACUCUUUUCUAUAGGGGCCAGGAAAGUUUGUCUAAGGGACCAGUGCUGACACCAAUGAACUUCAUCGCCUACAAUCUGAAUCCCAGAAACCUGGCCCUGCACGGGAUCCACAAACCCUGGACGCAUUUCGCUGUGAAUUUGCCGCUUCUUUUCGGUAUUCUACCAUUUGUCGCGAUGUACGUGAUGGCGAGGAAUUGGAUACCGGCCAUUUGGAAGGAGACAGCGUUGAAAGUGGAGAGACGAGUCGACUACGUCAUGAUGGCGUCUUUCCUAUUCCCUGUUUUGAUACUAACCUUGUUUAAGCAUCAAGAGCCGAGGUUUCUGAUACCCGUGUUGUUUCCGCUCGUUUACGUCGCUCAUGACAAGUUUUUCAAGCCUGGGGUGUUGAGCAAAGUUCUUCUGGGGUCUUGGAUUGUUUCCAAUGUUCUGCUCACUUACUUCUAUGGCGUCAUGCAUCAGGCUGGAAUACCACCUAUGCUGAUCUACGUUUCCCGCAACCUGCAAAGAACUGGACAAGGAUUGCACUUGAUCUCAACCUACAGUUACUCCAUGCCGCAGUUUCUCUUGGCGAACCCUCGCGGCAGUGGGUUCCCUAUCCACACCUACGACUUGGGCUCUACAGACUUGGACCAGGUGAUAGAAUUCGCUUGUGGAUUCCACGACGCAUUGCCUGCAUUAGUCGCAAUGCCAGGGAGUAUGACUGAGCGACAUCUUGUGUCUGGGAACGGAACCUGUGCCGAUUCGGGUUUAUGGAAAGUCGCGUCGAGUGUAUCCAGGAAAUAUGGGGUUGUGGGUCAUCCAGGUGUUCAAUUUUGCCAACAAGCUAGUUUUAGCCCACAUUUGACAACUGAGUUUUUGCCAGUUAUUUCGAAUGUCACUUUCGGUGAGGUUUUCAGAGCAGUUGAGCAAUUGCGACUGGAUUUGUUCUUGAUCAAGUGUUCAUGAUGAUUGGAUGGAAAUGGAAAGAGGGCAUAUUUGCAUGAA